CCUCUCGCAUUUAAUGCAAGAAAGACAGGACCAAUUCAGUAUCAGAAGGACGACGAGCAGAGCACCUCCCCGGCUUUUCCUUCUGGUUGGGUUGAUGACGAGCUUCAGCUGGUGAACGCGGGAUUUGCAUCUCACCAAGGUCUGAUUCGGUUUGUGUGAGAAAUCGUGGAAGGAUUGGGUGCAGCGGAGAAGAUGGAACGGUUCGGUAAUCUAGCUCAGUGGGGCGAGAAGUUGAAGACGAGCGGGGCUCAAAUGAGUCGAAUGGUGAGCGAGAAAGUGAAGGACAUAAUGCAAACCCCGACUCUCGAAUCGAAGAUGGUCGAUGAGGCCACCCUGGAGACCAUGGAAGAGCCCAACUGGGGCAUGAACCUUCGGAUAUGUUCGAUGAUCAACAGGGAGGAGCUCAGAGGGCCUGAGGUCGUGAGGGCCAUGAAGAGGAAGAUCGCCAGUGGUGGGAGCACCGUGAGUCAGAGUCUGACUCUCGAUCUGUUGGAGGCUUGCACGAUGAACUGCGAGAAGGUCUUCUCAGAGGUGGCUUCGGAGAGGGUGUUGGAUGAGAUGGUGAGGAUGAUUGAUAACCCUCGGACAGAUCAGGGCAAUCGAGACAAGGCCCUGCAGUUGAUUUCAGCAUGGGGCCAGUCGGAGAGCCUGGAUUAUCUUCCUGUGUUCCGUCAAACAUACAUGAGCUUGAAAAACAGAAGGGAGCGUCAGCAUCAUGAAGAGAGCUCGUCUCCUGAGCAGUAUGCCUUGGAAUCAUACAUUCAUCGAGAGCCUUUAUCUCCAUCUAGGGCUGAAGGAUACCCUAUUCCUCGCACAGAAUUCCUGGGCACUGUUCAAUUAUCAACUGAGGAAAAGAAAGAAAUUCUUGUCGAGACGAGAAACACCAUUGAUUUGCUCUCAAGCAUGAUCAAUACUGAAACAGGACAAAUUUCGGCUGAGGAAUAUGAGUUGGGCUCAAGCAUGUUGGAGAAGUGCAAGCUGUCACAGCCCAUGAUCCAAGGGAUCAUCGAGACCACUACUGAUGAUGAGUGUUUGCUUUUUGAAGCUCUCAGCCUCAAUGAUGAGCUUCAACAGAUCAUAUCGAAGUUUGCCGGGGUUGAAGUCUGCAGUAAAGACCCUGACGAGACAAACACAGCAUCUUCAGUCCCGUUGGGCAGUAAAGACCACGACAAGACAGAUAUUGCCUCCUCGGUCUCCUCAGGAGAGAGAGAGGCUCCCGAAUCAGGCAGCAACCAAAGCAGCAGCGGUGGGCAGAAGCAGCCCCUAUCUCAACUUGUUGGAGCUGAUCAUCAAGAUCCCCCUGCAGUAGAGAAAUGAAACCCGAAAGGAUGGAAGAGCCGGUAGCUAUAGCAUGGGUGUACCAUCUGAGUUUCGGAGAAAGUACAAUGUAAUCUUAGGGCAUGGAUAUCAUAGUAGACAGAAUAAGCUUCAGUUCGAGUCGAAUUGUUGGAGCUGAUUAUCAAGAUCCCCCUGCACGAAAGAAAUCAUGAAACUCGAAAAGAUGGACGGGCCGCUAGCUAUAACAUGAGUGUACCAUCUUAGUUUCGGGGAAACUACAAGGUAAUAUUUAAAGCAUAGAUGUAUCACAUAGUUGACAGUAUAAUAAGCUUCAAGUUCGAGACGAAUUGCCGGUUGCUCAUGUUAGAGCUUUCUGUUUGUCGAUGGCCUUCAUUAUGUCUUAACAUUAUCAUAAUUCAUUUAACAUACGUUGCCGGGUC